CUUAAUCUGAGCGAGAGCAGAGCUGCAGUCUCUCUGAAACUUUCAACUGAAUCCAGCAGUUUUUUAAUGCUUUUUGGCAGAAUCUGUGUCAAAUCCUGAGUGUAGAUAUGUCUGCAGCUGCCAGCAGUCUGCUUACUGAAGAUCAGUUUCUGUGCUCCAUCUGUCUGGAUGUGUUCGCUGAUCCAGUCACCAUACCAUGUGGACACAACUUCUGCAAAACCUGCAUCACUGAACACUGGGACAAAAAUGUCCAGUGUCAGUGUCCCAACUGUAAAAAGGAUUUCAGCAUAAGACCUGAGUUGCAGGUGAAUACUUUCAUCAGUGAGAUGGCUGCUCAUUUCAGACAGUCAGUUCAACAGGAAGCCAGCAACUGCAGCUCAGAGCAACAAGUUUCUAAACCAGAAAAAGUUCCUCCUGACGUCAGCUCAAGAAACAAACUGAAGGCCCUGAUGAUCCUCCUUGUGUGUCUGAUGUGGGUCUUUACGGUCUGGAUGGUUUUAAACCAGAAGAAAUAUGUUGUUGUUGUUGUGAAAGAAGACUAUGAAGAAAAGAAAGCUGAGCUGUGGAAGACAGAGGCUGAAAUUCAGCAGAUGAUCCAGAAGAGAAGACUGAAGACUGAGGAGAUCAAACACUCAGUGGAGCUCAGUAAGGAAAAUGCAGACAGAGAGACAGCAGAUGGUGUUCAGGUCUUCGCCGCUCUGAAGGAGUUUGCUGAGAGAAGCCAGGCCGAGCUCAUCUACACAAUCAAAGAGAAGCAGAGAAAGACAGAGAAAGAGGCUGAAGGCUUCAUCAAAGAGCUGGAAGAGGAAAUCUCUGAGCUGAAGAAGAGAAGCACUGAGGUGGAGCAGCUCCUACAGUCUGAAGACCACCUCCACUUCCUCCAAAGCUUCACCUCCCUGAACGCUACUCCACCCACCAAAGACUGGGUAGAAGUCAACAUUCAUCCACCUUUAUAUGUGGGGACUGUGAGGAGAGCUGUGAAUCAGCUGGAGGAAAUUCUUAAUGAAGAGACAACAAACCUGCUUUUGGCCGAGCGGCAGAGGGUCCAGCAGUAUGCAGUGGAUCUGAGACUUGAUCCUGAUACAGCCCAUUGGUGCCUCAUUCUGUCUGAUGAUGGAAAACAAAUAUAUUGUGAUACUGAACGGAGGUAUGUCCCAGAUAUUCCAAAUAGAUUUCAACGUCAUCCCUCUAUCUUAGCAAAGCAGAGUUUCUCUUCAGGAAGAUUUUACUACGAGGUUCAGGUUAAAGGGAAGACUAACUGGAUUUUAGGAGUGGCCAGAGAGUCGAUCGACAGGAAAGGUGACCCACUGAUGAUGAUUCCUCAGAAUGGUUACUGGGCAAUAUUGUUGAGGAAUAUAAAUGAGUAUAAAGCUCUUGCUAGCCCUCCAGUCAGUCUCUAUCUGAAGUCUCAGCCUAAGAAUGUGGGGGUGUUUGUGGAUUAUGAGGAGGGUCUGGUCUCCUUUUAUGAUGUUGAUGCUGCAGCUCUGAUCUACUCUUUUACUGGCUGUGCCUUCACUGAGAAACUCUACCCAUACUUUAGUCCAUGGUUUGAUUUUGAUGGUGGAAACUCUGCCCCUCUGAUCAUCUCUGCUGUCAGGGACACUAACUAGAACAAUCAUAUGAUUUUGUACAUUCACUUUCAUUCAGUGUAAUAAAGUAUUGUUACAUGUUUCUA